AUGAAAUUUGCAGCACCGCUUGCCAGCGGACGUCUUGUCAAGCGCUACAAGCGUUUUCUGGCCGAUGUCGUUCUGGACGAAAACGGUAGCGAGGUCACGGCUCACUGCGCCAAUCCGGGCUCUAUGCUCGGACUGAAGGAGCCGGGAUCAAGGGUAUGGUUGUCACAGUCGGACAAUCCGAAGCGCAAACUCAAAUACUCCUGGGAAAUCAUCGAGGCAGACGGGGCGCUCGUCGGUAUCAACACCGCGCAUCCGAACAGGCUGGUGGAAGAGGCGAUCGAGGCCGGCCGCAUCAAAGCGCUUUCCGGAUACGAGACCCUGCGCCGGGAAGUGAAGUACGGCAAGAACUCGCGCAUUGAUAUUCUGCUUGAAGACGGGAACGGCAAAAAGACCUAUGUCGAGGUGAAGAAUGUCCACUUGAUGCGUCAGGCAGGACUUGCCGAAUUCCCGGACAGUGUCACGGCACGCGGUGCGAAACACCUGGCCGAGCUCGCUGAUAUGGUUGCUGAAGGACAUGGGGCCGCGAUGGUUUUCCUGGUUCAGCGACCCGAUUGCGACCGGCUCAGCCUUGCCUCGGACAUUGACCCAGCCUACGCGUCUGCCUUUGCGGCUGCGCGGGAGGCGGGCGUCAACACAUACGCGAUCGGGUGCGAUGUGACGCUGGACGGUAUCGAAGCCGUCCGUACAGUCAAUAUCGAGAUAUAG